ACAGAGGGCGGUGUGCAAAAAACAAACAAAAUUAAUAAAUCUUCGAAAGAGAAUGUGUGAAUGACUGGAUACCAACUAAAAACCGUGUGUUGCAUUAUAUUAGGUGAAUUCUUGCAAGAUGCGAAAUGUUUGUUCCACGUUCACUAAAAGUUGCAAAUCGGAAAAAGAAAAUUUUAAGAAAAUCAGUCCAUUCUGACAAAGAGAGACCAAACAGUCAAAACAAUUGUGAUGGACCAAACACUAGAGCUAAAUAUAGUACAGGCCAGUUCAACCUAACACACGACGAGACCUCUGAAGCCGUUAAUGGGGAGCAUAAAAUUCAAGAAAUCAACAUCCGACAUGAUUUAAAUAAGAACUUUCCCGAAGAGGAAACUGCAACAAAACCAGAGUCUAUGAAUAAUAGGGAAGGAGGUGAAUCCCAUAUUGAAUGUACAGAGGAGUUGAAAACUGUAGAAUGCAAGCCUUUGAUUAAGUCAUAUUGCAAACAGCAGAGGUUACCUGUGCCAGGUGAACCUUCAUGCAUUGUUUGUGGUCGCUAUGGAGAAUACAUCUGUGACCAAACUGAUGCAGAUGUUUGUAGUCUGGAAUGUAAAGCAAGAAACUUAGCAAGGAAAAAACAAUCAAUCGAAGAGGCUAUAAGCUUACAGCCUUCUCAUGAGGAGCCAGGUCCUUCAGAGGGCUACCCAGAUGAGUAUGCAGAGGAGUCCGGUGUUUUAGAGGACCGACUAGAUGAGUAUGUGGACCAAGAUUUGCUGGAUGUUGGGCCAUCACGUUGUACAGCUGGCUACUCAUAUCGAGAGCAUUCUACUUUGACAAAUUUAACAAAUGAACAAGUUUAUGAAUUAAGAAAUGAGGUCUCUAUUUUUGUUGAAGGACUCAAUGUUCCCAAACCAAUAACUGAUUUUUCUCAAUUAGGCUUGCCUAAAACAAUGGCAUUUAAUCUGAAGACAUCUGGAUACAAGAUUCCAACGCCAGUACAGAUGCAGGUUAUACCUGCUGCUCUGCUAAAACAUGACCUAAUGGUGUGUGCACAAACAAGCUCAGGAAAAACUGCUUCGUUUCUCAUUCCUGCAACUCUUCAUAUUUACAAUGAAGUCCAUGAGAAAGAGCAGAAACGUUUCCCAGUUGUUAUCAUCCUAACUCCGACAAGAGAGCUUGCUAUGCAGAUUGAAAAACAGGCAAAAGAAAUUAUGAAAGGAUUACAAAACAUGAAGACUUGCCUACUUGUUGGGGGCUUACCACUACCACCACAGAUCCAUCGACUCAAGCAAGGAAUCCAGCUUGUUAUUGCUACCCCAGGUCGAUUGUUGGAAAUUAUGAACAAGAAAGGAAUAUGCUUAGACCAUAUUGAACUAUUGGUCAUUGAUGAGGUAGACUCCAUGCUCCAGAUGGGAUUUCAAGAUCAGGUCAUUAGUAUUAUGAAGGAACUGCCUGAUGAUCACCAGACCACGCUGUUCUCGGCAACAAUUCCCAAAUCCAUUGAGAUGUUUGCAUCUUCCUUGUUACACAAUGCUACAUACAUCUCCAUUGGAACUCCCAGCACUCCUAGCAGCUCAGUGAAGCAUACCGUUCUGUGGGUUGAAGAUCCAUCAAAGAAAAAGAAAUUAUUCACCAUUUUACAGGAUCCCAAACACUACAAGCCACCUCUGGUUGUCUUUGUGGAUUCAAAACUAGGCUGUGAAAUGCUUGCUCAGACAAUAAGAAAGAUAUGUGGAUAUAAAGUGGCAACAUUACACGGCGACAAAUCUCAGGUUGAACGGUCACAAACUCUUAAAUUGUUCUUGGAAACGUCACUUCCUAUCAUGGUGUGCACCAGUGUACUAGGUAGAGGAAUUGACCUAGUGGGGGUCAAACUGGUCAUCAACUUUGACAUGCCAAACACGGUUGAGGAAUACAUUCAUCAGAUUGGUAGAACGGGACGACUUGGAGGCCAAGGAACAGCAAUCACCUUCAUCAAUAAUGCAAGCAAACAUCUGUUUUUUGAGUUUGUCAUGGUGCUACAGCCAUUGAGUGUACAACUUCCAGCACAACUUUGUAACUCGCCGCACUUUCACCUUCAAAAGGAGAAGCACGAAAGACACAAAUCAAAGAAGACGAUCUUUUCACGCAAACGAAAACAGCAGAGGGAAGGGGUGAAGGACUUGCUUCAUAAACGAAAAUGGAAAGUUAAAUUUUAAGAAGAGUGUGAUGAACUUUGUGCCAAGUCAAAUUAUGCAUCUAUUCAAUGCUCUGUAGUGAAAUUCCAAAAUAUCAGUGCCAAAUAAAAGUAUAUAUCUGGGUGCUAGCGAAAACUACAUUUUCCAGCUUUUCAUAACAGCUGAGAAGUAUACUAUUUUCUUACCUCAUUUUUAUUAAUGAGCAAAAUAUCAAAUUUUUAGUUUUUUUAUUAUUAAGGAAGCUCUUAUUAGAUUAUCUUUAAUGCUGCAAUAUCUUUACAAUCUUGAUGUACAAUAUGUACUGUAUCUAUUCUCUUCAUUAUUUAUCAGCGAAUAUAAAAAAUUAUAUAUAUUUUUUUUAAGGCAGUCAUUCAUUCACAUGAGGCUAAACUUAAUGUUCAUGGUCAUGUCUAUUCAAUUUAUACAUUUGUAUAAUGUAGGCCUAUCAAUGCUAUAGUGGAACUGUAAAGUGAAACUCAAUUCCAAAUAAACAUUUGCUGCUCUAUGAA